GUUUUUCUCAGACCCAAGGUGGCUUAUUAUGCUCACCAACAGCAAGAAGUCCAGGCGGUAAAUCAUUUCAAAUCCCACACAUUCAAAUACGUGUGAGGACUUGGCUGUUCACCGAGGAAAACUGGAAAACAGUGAAACCUGCUCUGCAAGACUAGUGUCUACUCACUGUCAACACCACUGGAACACCUUCUCUACUAUUCCUUUGCAGCAAUUUCUCAGGCAGUAACACCUGCUUGGGAGACCACUUUGGAAGGAGCAACAUCUAAAGUUGACGACAGCAUCAUGCAUCCUUGGGUAGCCAUCCUGGGCUUCCUACUCCUUCUGACAGAUGGUGUAAUGUCUUACCGAGAAGUGAUUGGAGUGGUGGGCCAGUCAGUCACGCUACCCUGCUUCUAUGAAGGAAAAGUCACAUCCAUGUGCUGGGGCCGAGGGAAAUGUUCUUGGAUAGACUGCAGAAAUACUGUUAUCAGUACUGAUGGAUACAAAAUCACUAAACAGAAGAAUGAACGUUAUAAGCUCGAGGGAGAUAUUGGUAAAAGGGAUGUUUCUUUGACCAUAGAGAAUGCAGUCCCUUCUGACAGUGGCUUGUAUUGUUGCCGUAUUCAGAAAUGGCUUUUCAAUGAUGAACAAAACAUCAUAAAGUUGACUAUAAAGCCAGCUCCACCUAUGACAACAGUGAGCCCCAAUAUCACUUCUGAAAGCACAAGGACCAGUACUACCGAUAUUCCAAGCACAACCUACACCACUCCUCCAACAAGGAGCACCACCAUUCCAGAAGGGGACAGCACUACCACAGUAGUCACGGAUACUCACAUGACAACGGGGGCCUCUACCUCUGCUCUUCCAAUGCCAACACCCACAGACGACGACAAGCCAGCUCCACCUAUGACAACAGUGAGCCCCAAUAUCACUUCUGAAAGCACAAGGACCAGUACUACCGAUAUUCCAAGCACAACCUACACCACUCCUCCAACAAGGAGCACCACCAUUCCAGAAGGGGACAGCACUACCACAGUAGUCACGGAUACUCACAUGACAACGGGGGCCUCUACCUCUGCUCUUCCAAUGCCAACACCCACAGACGACGACAAGCCAGCUUCUUCAUCUUCUCCCACGCAGACUACAGGAACCCAGUCUACCCGCCCACAUAAAACAAAUGUAACGCACUCACCAUGGCACUCUUCCACAACAGCAGGUGGGAAUCACACUGUGAUAAAGCUUCCAAGUGCUGUUUGUUGUAGCAUUCAAACUGGAAUCUACAUUGGAAUCUCUGUUAUUGUCGUGGUAUUAUUGCUCAUGGUUUUGGUAUUCAUGAUUAGCAAAAGAUCUCUUUGCCUGGGUAACAAGAUGAGGCUACUAUGUAUGAUUCCAUUGAAAGAUUCUCACAUUGGAGCUUUGAAAAAUGCAGCCAUGAAGCCGGUCCGAGCAGAAGACAACAUCUACGUUAUGGAUGAAGUUCUCUAAGUCACGGGUUGAGAUCUGGUGGCCUUCUAAGGUCUUAUGUCCUUCACUGUAGAAGAUAGUGACCAGAUAUCACCAUGUCAGAGUCCUUUCAAGCAGCAGGACAGUUUUUUGGUCAGUUUCCCAUGGCAUUCCAAGGAGUCAGGGAUAUUGGGUAGAGUGGGUCUAGCUCAUCUGUGCACAGUCAACCUCUGUCACACAGUCCUAAUUUUUUAUACUAAAAGUGGCUCAAUCUUUCUGGUCAUUGGAGAUCCCUCUCCAAAACAUGAAAUGUACUCUUUAGAAUUGUACAUUCUCUUUAGACCCUAUGAAUCCUGUUAUCCCAUCAAGAAUUCUCAUUGAGAAGACAGAUAACACACUUCUACCUUGGUUAACAAACUGUCAAGAAAUGAAUACAGCUUAAAAUCAGCAAACCCAGCUUGGGACUAAAGGACUUAACAUGAAAGCAUCUCAUGAUUCUUUUUUCUAUUUAAGUGACUCCAAAUGUUAGAUUCCUGAGGACCUCAAGGGUUUCAAAUCAUGGGAUUGUACUGAUUUUUAUUUACCCAUUGGGAAAAUAGAAGUGAGUGUGAUUUUGCCAUUAUAGAUAGAUCUUGUUUCUCAGGGCUCUGGAAAUAGAAGGCAUUAAGUGCUUUCCCUGGGACCAGAAUGGUAUUUUAGCAGUUAGAAGAAGAUAAGGAAGUGAGUGGUCCAUGGAGACAGCAGGGGAAGAAAAUCCAUUGCCAUGUGAUUCACGCUAUUUCUGCUACAUUGGUACUACAGUUCUAGGUGUUUAUGUAGACAACUGGUAGGCUCUGAUGGAAUCUUAAGAAUGUGGCAGAGCAGAAAUAAAUAUAAGGGAAAAGGAGAGGGGCAGAGUAGCAAAAAAGGCUUUCUGCCUUAGAAAAGCGAGUUUGCAAAUAUAGUAGUGUUGUUUGAGAGUGCUAACCAGUUUCCACCAAAAGGCUAAAUUGUCCUCAGACCACUUUUAUUCUUAAAAUUCUUUUGGAAGGAUAAGGGGUCUUUUCUGUAUUGAAUUAAUUCCCAUGUUGUAUCUUUUUCACAUCUCAAUUAAAUUUUUGUUUUUUCCAGAAAAGUUAGCCAAAGACUAAAAGUAAGGAUGUUUUAGUCACUAUGAAGCAUUUCUACAUGAACAGUUAAGAAGGCUGGAAAAGAACUUCGCUUUGAAUAAACCCUGACAUAACUCAUGCUUGAGUUAUUUAGGGGGUGUUCAGAGUUACUGACACCAAAGUGGUCCAUGAGGGCUGGAUGGUUGUUUUUGAAGGCAAUGGCUUUCACACUUCUGUGGAAUUCUCAGAAAUUAAUAUGACUAUGAAUAAACAUUGUUUGGGCAAAGAAGAUUGAUAAACAUUGUAUACUAGCUUUCACAAAUGGGGCAGGACUGAUAGAGUUUAAAAAAUUAUGUUCCAACUACGAUGUUUGUUUCUUUAAUUCAAGAGAAUAUGCAUAACCAUAGAGAUCUGAAAUUAAUGCCCCAAAUUGUAACUUGUCAGGAAAGCCCUAGCAACACUGGGUGGCAUCCCUAUGCAGCCAGGGCCCAUCAGAUGCUCAGCAUCCUUCAGCCCUUGCCUCACCUACAGCCUCAUGUUGGUACCUGCUUUGUGUCUUGUGGACCUUUGAACUUAUGAUUCAUGCUCUAUUCUCCCUUUCCUUCCUGGACUUUUAUGAUGGCACUUUACAGGUUUGGAAAUCUUCUUAGUGUUGUUUCAUCCAGCAUUUCCAAAAUUUGUUUGAAACCCCUGAGCAUAGAGACUCCUGGCAUACCCAGUAGCAUUCAGUGGAACAAGACCUGGGGCGUGGGAGAAAGCAGGUGGUACUCAGAAUUAGAGACAGAACUUGAGUUCUAAUCCUAACUCACACCAGUAAUAUUUGGGUAACAUUAUGGUAAAUCCUUCCUUAUGCCUAAAUUUUUAAUAUAUUUUUAAACAAAGUAUAGUGAAUUUACAGUGUUGUGCUGAUUUUUUUUUUUACACAUAUUACAAUUAUUUACACACACACAUUGGUAUUCAGUGGUAAUUCCAGUGACAUUUCUUUUGGGGAGAAAGAUAAAAGUGAAAAACACUAUAGAAAUGCAAGGUUUUGUGUGUGUUUGUGUGAAGUCUGUAGUGAUAGGAAGGAGAUCUACCAUCAGUGUUCAGUAAAUAAUUUCAAUAGUGUUGCAAAUCUCUUGGUAUAUGGUCCCUUUUUAUUAUUUUUUGAAUUACAUUUCUGUUUUGGAAAAGUCUAUACUGGGUAAUUUGGCUAUUAUCUUAUACUGUGGAAAAAUUUGUUUGUAACUAAGGGGAAGAAUGAUUUAUAAGGAGGGAAGUGAAGUAUUUAGUUAAUACUAAAUUAUUUUCUGUAUAUAUACCAAUCAUAUAGACUUGCUUUUGAUCUUUUGAGAUGAUGAGCUUACAUUUUAUACAGUUGAUCUUGGGGCACUAGGAAACUGGUAUAUUAAUAAUUAAAAUCAUAUAUUUGAACUUAGAAAAUUUUGUGUAUCUUUAAAAAGUAGAUGAACCAAGCUUUCACUAAUGGCUAUGAAGAUAAUUUAUGAGUACAUGAAAGUGUGAGAGACUCCUCGUCACGACUUUCAUUCAUAUGUACACUCAUUAAUUAAACACACUUUUGUUUUCA